AUGUCUGAAGAGCAAAAUCAUUCAACGGAAGGUGCCUCAUACUCCGAGCAAAUACUAGAAGCAGCGAGAAGAAAUAACACCGAACUUCUACUCCAAAUCAAGUCUGAAUUGAACAAUGACCAGGAGAAGCUUUCACAAUUGAUCAACAGUACUCAUGAAGUGAUAACGAACAAUACGCCAUUACAUAUCGCAUGCCACUUGGGCAACUGGGAGUUUACAGACAUUGUGUUGGAUAUUGAAGGAGUAGAGAUUGACCCGCAAAACAGAGCACAAGAAACACCAUUACAUCUCGCAGUGAAAUAUACAGUAGAUGAGCCAGAUCAUGGCUAUUUCAUCGUCGACAAUUUGUUGGACGCUGGAUCAGAUCCUAGGAUCAAGGACAAAGACGGGUUGAGACCAAGGGAUUAUGUAAAUAAGGAUAAUGAAAAGUUGUUGCAAUUAUUGGAGAGUGCUGAAUAUGCUAUAUCGAUGGAGGACACUGACCAAGAACGGUUGGCAGCAUUUGCAAAAGAGCAAGAAGCAGAAGACGGUUCAGCAUCUGGAUCGGAAUCAGAUUGA